UCACCUUCAUCAUAAAAGCUUAGUGCCACCUCCAAUUUGGCUUCCCAACACAAGACCUACCCAGUUUUGAUAGCAAAAAAUCACUAUCACACCUUCAAAGAUGGAAACUCCACUGGAGACUUCAUUGGAAAAUCCAUUGAAAAAUGAGAAGUCGAAGAUACUCAUGUUUAUGUUAGAGUCAAAAACAACAGCUUCUGAGACUGAAAAAAACUUGUACGAAGGUCCAACUGCGACUAUCAUUGUGGGGCCAGCAGAAAAAUCUACAAAAUACAUUGUUCCACAAGCCCUCCUAUGCCACCACUCCAAAUUCUUUGAUCGCGCUCUCAACGGACCCUUCAAGGAAAGUAUCGAAAAGCAUGUUGAGCUUCCAGAAGAAACAACCGAAGAGUUUGAGUUACUUCUAGAAUGGAUCUAUUGCAAAAAAGUUCCCUGUUUUCCUGGCCGUAAAGGCAUCGACACGAUUGUCAAGUUCUACACCAUUGCGGACAAAUUUGACGUUGCUGGCCCAUACGAAAAAGUUGAAAUGAACUUACGCACGAUGCUUGCCAAUCUCUGGCAUCAUACGUGCAUGCACAACGGCGCAUGGGCAUAUGAUAUUCUAGAAUCUGUAUACCAACUACCAAUUGGACAUGAGGCGCAACGUCUAUUUGGAAAAGCAUGCGUACGACCAUAUCUUGUCUACGAAUAUCGUAUGAAAGGUCCUCCGUACGAUUACACCUCAACUAUCCUUAGAUUCAUGCCACCCUUGUUACCACCCGGUCCUGAGUGGUUAAAUGUAAAGGCGGCUUUUGAUACUAUCGACGGGUUAGCAAUCGAGGUGGUGAAAGCAUUAGGUGAAACAUUGGUCCAUGGAAAGUUGGGGGAUCGUCAAGGACUGGAAUGCUAUCAGGAUCCUUUGACAGGACAGAGAAUGAGAGCCAUACACAUAUCUUCAUUUAUGCAAGAAUGUGAUACUAUUUGCUGGAUUGCUCGCAUGGAUAAUCGCUUUCAGACUGUCGUCGCUUCCUCUUUUGCAAAUCGCGCUAAGGGUCUUUCUUACAUUUCAGGAAAGAAGAAGGUGAACUUGGGAGGAUUCACCAUUCUCUCAAAAUCAAAGUUCAAGUUUUUGAUUUUUCUCUGGAAAAUCGUCUAUACAAUGGAUAACUCGAGACUUCCGGUCUCUGGUACUAGUUCAAUUCUUCCCACUCCAACUUGUCUUUUGAAUACAGCUGAGGUGUGUAACAAAGCACCAAUUGUACGCGACGACCAAACUGGGCCAUUAGGCUCGACGUCUCUUUUACGUUCAAACAGUGCUCAAUCUGAUUUUAUUCCUAAUCGCUCAACCAAACUGAGUGAUACAAUGGCAACUUUCAACCAUUCUGCGUCCAAGAUGUUGGGUUCUCCCACCGAAUACAAUUCUGCAAAAAACAACAGUCAAGAGAAUACUACCUCGACUGUCAGCCAAUUUAGUGCUAACAACUCAGCCACUAAUCGAAGUCCUCUAGCAAUAUUAGCGCCACCUACAAUGAACACUUCAACAUUCAUGUCUCCUGCCAGAUCAGUACCUGCUAUGCCGGCGAGGUCUAACUUAUUUGGCUCUAGCACAGUCGGUCUCAACUUCGAAUCUUUUAGAUCUAGAGCAGACAGCAAUACUCCUAACACUCAAGAAGUUCAAUCUUCCGAGACUCUGUUUACUAAUGCCUCACCUCAAAUUCAGAGCGACACAGUCAAUGCGCCACCCCAGAAGCGAGCCAAGACCACUCAUAACAUUGCUGCUCAACUGCCCGCCAAUGAGUUCACAAACAGACUCGAUUUAUUUCGCGGACCUGAAGUUCUCGUCACCGCUGGUAUCCAGUUGGGGGUCAAGAGCUAUCUCAUACCUAAAGCAUUACUUAUUCAGGCCUCGCCAUACUUCCAGACUGCCAUCACAGUUGAAACUUUGGGUCAAAUCACACGAGAAACACUUAAAAUCGAAUGCUCAAUCUUAGCAUUCGAUUUUGUUGUGCAAUAUCUCUACACUGGUACUUUUGUCCGCCCGGAUAUUGCUGGUUUUAGUUCUGGGUCACAACAAGUUACAAAUCUGAUCGAAUUUUACGAGUUGGCAGAGAAACUUAGUCUUGAUAUCUCGGAUAUGAUCUUGGAUGACAUCAAAGAGCUCCUUGUGAUAGAUCGUCUUUACCUUCAGGCAGGACACAUUCACAAGGUUGUCAAUUUUCCGAACGGACAAAAACUUCGAAUGCUGUUUGCUCGCUCAUGUAUUCAAGCCUACCUUCAGUCUGUCAACCCUACUGAUGGGCAAGCCCAGGCAUUCCGUUUUCAAAAAGAGCUCGACGCAUUAGACGGAUUUGCGGCGGACCUCAUGCGUGUGUAUCGAGAAGUGGCAGACAAACGUACACCUUACAUAUUCGCCGAAUCGCGUGAUCUUCUUGAUGGCAAGAAAUUCUCUUAUUGA